CUUGCUUCUAAUCCAUCCCUUCCUUACACACCUUCGCCGGAUGCUUCCUCAGGUACACCUUUUCCUAUAGCACAUUAUGUUAGUUGUACUAAUUUUUCUCCGCAGCAUCGCCAUUUCUUGGCCGCAAUUACUGCCAGGCGUGAACCGCGGUCCUUUCGGGAAGCUGUUGCUGAUGAUGGUUGGCGAGCAGCCAUGCGGUCCGAAAUACGAGCAUUAGAAACUAAUGGGACCUGGACGUUGGAGCCUCUACCUCCGGGCAAACGAGCGUUGGGAUGCCGGUGGGUUUAUAAAAUUAAAUACCACUCAGACGGCAGUAUCGAACGGCUCAAAGCGCGUUUGGUGAUUUUUGGAAACCGACAGGUGGAAGGCCUUGACUAUACAGAAACAUUUGCUCCGGUCGCCAAAAUGGUCACUGUUCGUGCAUUUUUAGCAGUUGCGGCAUCAAAAAAUUGGGAGCUGCACCAGAUGGAUGUUCACAAUGCUUUCUUGCACGGUGAUCUUAAUGAGGAAGUGUAUAUGACUUUACCACCGGGCUUCUCGGUUACCGAUACUACUUUGGUAUGUCGGCUACGGAAAUCACUCUAUGGACUGAAACAGGCUCCGAGAUGUUGGUUUGCAAAACUUCUUGGUGCUUUAAAAGGGUAUGGUUUUUCUCAGUCUUAUGCAGACUACUCUUUGUUCACUUAUACCCGUGAGGAUAUCCAAAUUAAUGUUCUUGUCUAUGUGGAUGAUCUUAUUAUAUCUGGCAAUAAUAGUGUUGCUAUUUCCUCUUUCAAAGCGUAUCUUAGCACGUGCUUUCAUAUGAAGGAUUUGGGACCUCUAAAAUACUUUUUGGGAAUUGAGGUAGCGCGUAGCCAGACUGGACUUUUUCUUACACAAAGGAAGUAUGCUUUGGACAUUAUCUCCGAAGUUGGCUUGCUUGGCGCUAAGCCUGCCUCAUUUCCGAUAGAACAAAAUCACACUUUGGCUUCCGCAACUGGCUCUUUUCUUCAGGACCCAGAACCGUACCGUCGUUUAAUGGGCCGACUCAUAUAUUUAGCUGUGACUCGUCCUGAUCUGACAUACUCGGUCCAUAUAUUGUCUCAGUUUAUUCAAGCACCACGGCAAGAACAUUGGGAUGCUGCACUUCGUAUUGUUCGCUAUCUGAAAGGUUCCCCUGGCCAGGGAAUACUACUACGUGCUGAUAGUGAUCUCACACUUCGAGGUUGGUGUGACUCUGAUUGGGCAGCUUGUCCUCUUACCAGGCGAUCUAUUUCUGGUUGGUUGGUUUUUCUAAUACAUUCUCCUGUCUCUUGGAAGACCAAAAAGCAACAUACUGUUUCUCGAUCCUCGGCUGAAGCCGAGUACCGUUCCAUGGCAGCUGCGACUUGUGAGCUUAAGUGGUUGAAAGCUCUCUUACUCAGCCUCGGUAUUCAUCAUCAUCAGGCCAUACCAUUGUACUGUGAUAGUCAGUCUGCUCUUCACGUCGCGAAAAAUCCUGUUUUUCAUGAGAGGACUAAGCAUAUUGAGGUUGAUUGUCAUUUUGUGCGUGACGCAGUUCAAGAUGGUCUCAUUGCUCCCUCUUAUGUACCUACAACCAUUCAGCUUGCGGAUAUCUUUACUAAAGCACUUGGCAAAACUCAGUUUGACUUUCUUCUUCGCAAGUUGGGCAUUCUUGAUCCCCAUGCUCCAACUUGAGGGGGGUGUUACACCGAGAAUAUUAUACUUCGUAUUAUUUAUUCUAUUACCUUAUUUAGUCUUUUUCCAUAUACGUUUGUUGCUAAGUAUGGCUACACUAGAAUAUUCUAUAGUUAAUAUCUUUAUUUUGUGCAUCUUGUAUUUAUAGGGCGGUAGACCCUAACUCUAAGAUGAAGGAUUAUUCUAUUAAGUUCUCAGUUACAUACUUUUCCC